AUGGCGGCGACUCACCUAUUUGCAGUUCUGCUGCCUUGCAUCCUGGCUCUUCCCGGCAUCAUGGCGGAAUUGUCUCAGCCUGGGGUCACUUGCGCCGAGGAGAGUGUCAAGGCGGCGGCGAGCCUCGGCGUCCUUUAUAUCAACAAAAAGCACAAGCAUGGCUUCAAGUUUAAGUUGCAGGAGGUCAAGGGAAGCACUUAUCAACAGUUUUCCGGAGGUUGCCACAUCGACGUGACCUUGAAGCUGGUGGAAACCAAAUGUCACUUCACAAACCCCAAACCUCACCAGGAAUGCGAACUGCGACGAUGGAACGAGCGAGGUGCGGUGGCCUCCUGCAGCGUGGAGUUUUGGGUCAUGUGGGACGUGCCCAAAAUCCUAAAAUAUGAAUGCACCACCAAACCAGAACGCACUAAUGACGAGAUGAUUAGAGUUUGCCCUAACUGCCCCAAACUUUUGUCUCUGGAUGACCCAAGGGGGUUGAGUGCCGUGGAGCAGGCUGUGAAACGCUUUAACCAGAACAGCAAAUACGACAAUUACUUCACUCUCAUGGAAGUGGCCCAGCUGACUGAAGGGUACAUCAUCACCAUCGGCACCAUUACUUGGCUGAAAUUCGCCCUGAUUGAGACUACAUGCCCCAGAGAGGCCGAGCUCACUUUUGCAUCCUGCACUCCUCGCUGCCCAGACAGAGCGCAUCACAUCUUUUGCCAAACGUCCUACUACAACACUCACAAGCAAAUAGGCCAACUGGACUGUGAAACGUAUCAGCCAAAGAAUACGGAGCCCCUCCCGGAGGGCCAAGAGGAACCCGUUUGCAGGCCCUUGUUCCACCAGAGUGCGGAAGCGUGUGCUUGCAAGGCCAUGCUGGAAAGCCCCGAGGUGUCCAUUCACCACAUUUGUCCCUUCCCGCUCAAGUAA